CUCAGUGCAGGAUAACAGAGAAGAAGUAAAUUCGGUGCCCUAAAAGAAAAAGCAUUAACGCCGAGCAUUGAAUCGUCUGGCAUUAACAUUCACACUAACAUAUAGAAGUUGCUCCAACAAGACAAGGUGAAUAUUGCUGCAACUGUGAUUGAAAGACAGAUCUGAAGAACAUCGAGCUCAGGCUUGGACAAUCAUCCAUGGACGCUAUAAUCCGUUGCCCGUUCCUUUCCCGUGUCCCUCAAACCUUUCUGCAGCAGGCCAGGAAGUCCCUGGUGGCCUAUGCUGUGAAAUGUCCCGUAAUGAUGGACCUUGCUUCAAGACCGCUGGUCCGUGCAGUCUGCUCAUCAUCCUCUACCUAUCAAAAGGCAGAAGACACAGUACCAACCAAUGAGGGACCAAAACAGGCCCCAGUGUUGCCAGCUGGCCACCCCAAAUCACCUGCAGGACAAGCAGCAGCCUCCAAAUGCCCCUUUCUGGCUGCUGAGAUAGGGCAGAAGAACAGCAGUGUAGUUCGGGAGGCCAGCAUGGAACUCCAAGAGGAUGUCUCUGAAGUUCGCACUGUACGAAAAGUUGAUUCAGGUGUGCCUCCGCCUGAGUUGAAUCCCAUGGUAAAGAACACUAUUCCCAAUGGCAGCUUGAUGAAGAAGCUCUUGAAGCAACGUCCUACCAGAGUCUCCCACUUGCUCCAGGAGAAUAUGCCCAAAACUAUUUCCAACUUUCAAUACGAUGAGUUCUUUGAGAAGAAAAUCGAGGCAAAGAAAAAGGACCACACGUACCGUGUGUUCAAGACUGUAAACAGGAGGGCCACAGAAUUUCCAAUGGCCGAUGAUUAUACCGAAUCCCUUAUUUAUAAACGAGAUGUCUCCGUCUGGUGCAGUAAUGAUUACUUAGGCAUGAGCCGCCAUCCGCGGGUUGUUCAAGCUAUAAUGGACACUUUACGGAGACACGGCUCUGGAGCCGGAGGAACGCGGAAUAUAUCGGGCACAAGCAAAUUCCACGUUGAUCUGGAGCACGAGCUCGCAGACCUCCAUGGAAAAGACGCCGCCUUGCUCUUCACCUCCUGCUUCGUGGCCAAUGACUCCACCCUGUUUACAUUGGCCAAGAUGUUGCCAGGUUGUGAAAUCUAUUCGGAUGCUGGCAACCAUGCCUCAAUGAUCCAGGGAAUAAGGAACAGCGGGGCAAAGAAAUUCAUUUUCCGUCAUAACGAUGUCGAGCACUUGCGUGAGCUCCUGCAGAAGUCCGACCCCUCUACUCCGAAGAUCGUGGCCUUUGAGACUGUGCACUCUAUGGAUGGUGCUGUGUGUCCGCUUGAGGAAAUGUGUGACGUGGCCCAUGAGUUUGGAGCCAUCACCUUUGUGGACGAGGUCCAUGCUGUGGGCCUGUACGGUCAGAGAGGGGGUGGAAUCGGAGAUCGGGAUGGCAUCAUGCACAAAAUGGACAUCAUCUCUGGAACGCUUGGUAAAGCUUUUGGUUGUGUAGGAGGCUAUAUCGCCAGCACCAAUGCGCUGGUGGACACGGUGCGCUCAUACGCCGCGGGGUUCAUCUUCACCACGUCCCUGCCGCCCAUGCUCUUGGCCGGAGCCCGUGAAUCCAUCCAGACCCUUAAGGGUGAAGAGGGGCGGAUACUACGCCGGAAGCACCAGCGCAACGUUAAGCUGAUGAGGCAGAUGCUCAUGGACUCAGGCCUGCCUGUGGUCCACUGCCCAAGUCACAUCAUUCCAGUCAGGGUUGCAGAUGCAGAGAAGAACACAGAGAUCUGUGACAUCAUGAUGAACAAGUACAACAUCUAUGUCCAGGCCAUCAAUUAUCCCACCGUAGCCCGCGGCGAGGAGCUUCUCCGCAUCGCUCCUACACCGCAUCACGCUCCACAGAUGAUGAAAUACUUUGUGGAAAAACUUGUCAAGACCUGGAAGGAAGUUGGCCUAGAGCUGAAGCCGCACUCGUCCGCUGAGUGCAACUUCUGCAGGCAGCCGCUCCACUUUGAGCUGAUGAGUGAGAGGGAGAAGUCGUACUUCAGCGGCAUGAGUCACCCCAUAUCGGCCUGUGGCUGACCUCUGCAUCUUCAUCACCCCUUCAUGCUACUGUCAAAGAUCUAAUUGCUGUCUUUUAUAAGUGUCAUAACUUAUUGAAAUGGCUACUCCAUGUCUAUCAUACCGUAUGCCGAAAAAAUAAAAAUUUUAAAAGAUCACCUAA